GAAUGCAAAGACGCAGCCAAGACGCAGCUUAUGAAGGAAACAAAAUACCAAACAAUAAACGAGCUAUACCGAACACGAUUAGUUCCUUUUUCAGAGCGCUGUUUAGUAGAUUCAUGCCCUGAAUGUUUUGAUUAAAAUAUUGGCUGAAACAGCGAUAAAAUAUAGGAAUUUGGAUAAAAUACUUUUAGAAGGAUAAAAAUCAAAUAAACAGUGACUUAAAAAGGCCUCGUACAACUACACCAUGCCUCGUGUGUUCAUUGGUCGGACACAUGACCUCUACGGAAAGAGCCUUUGGGAGCUGCUGUGUAACCUGAAGGACUUUGGCGUCGGACGAGUGGUGAAGAGGACCAAGUUCAACCAGCGCUACCCGGAGCGGUCGUGGUACCGCAUCAUCAAUGUCCAGCCAGAGAUGGAUGAGGAGAACCGCUGCGGCUCUGUGACGGUGCGCCGGGUGUUCCGUGGUGUGGAGACGCCCAGGGACGUCACCCUGAGCCGCACCACGGCGCUGACCGACUACCAACUGGUGCCGCGCCAUGAGGAGGCCCAGUUCUGUCAGCUGAGCCCCGAGAGAGUCACAGAGGCCGUCCGCACUCUGCCCGCCGCCCUGCCGAAACCGCCCCUGCUGCUGGCGCUAGAACGGUUGGAGGAUGCGAACGCCAGCGCGGAAAUGCCUGCCGUCUACCGGAACCAGUGGAACUACAACGUCCAGGGUCGGACGGAGGGUGGCGCUGCGUCCUCCGGCAGCGCGGCAUCGUAGCAGGACUGUGUCUUGUGACAGAAUAGGACAGAUGUUUGUGCAUUCUGAGAAAAGUUCGAGUUUUUAGUGUGGAUGAAUUGUGUUCUACCGUGGUGAGACUGAAAGAAAUGGAGUUGAUUCUUGUCAGUGGGGUGCGAGUUUUGUGCCCCGUGAACGAUUUUGUGCUCGUUUGUUAGACCCGCAGGACUUUUGCUAAGUGGAAUGGGUAAAUAUAGCCAACAGAGACUA